AUGGUAGUGCGGGCAUGGAGCUGGACCCGCAUCGACGGCCGCAAUGUGCUGGCCGUGCCCACGCAGACGGAGAUCCGUCUGUACGACAGCGACGACUUCAUCCUUCUCUCGCGUCUCGCGCCGUCGGGCCACCACUCGCCUGUGGCGUUCCGUCGCUCUCGAGUUCCCUGA